AAGGCGCGCAUGCGCAUGACAGAAUCUCGUAUCUUCUGAUAGGUUGGAGAUUUUAGCUAUGUAGCUAUAAAGAUAACAAUAUACUAAAACAGCAGAGCUUUAAAACGCUGGAUUAAAAACAUUUAUAAACAUCUGACUGUUUAUUCAGUGCGUUGCAUUGAAGGGAAUGAGGGAUGACGUCGGUGGUGUUGGUAGACAGUGGAGGAGCCGUGCUGGAAUAUGUCACUGCAGUGGAGGAUCUGCAUCAGGAGGAGGGUGUGUGUGAGGUUGAGGGAGUGUGUGAAGGUGUAUGUGAGGUGGAGGGUGUGUGUGAGGAUGUGUGUGAGAUAGAGGGAGUAUGUGAUCAGGAAGAAGAUGAGCAGUGCUCACCUGCUCAUGUGUACGUGUACGAUGAGAACACGGAGCUGAUGCAGGGCAUUGCAGAGGAACAGGAAGUGGAGACAGAAAUAGUGGAAACAGUGGAGGCAUCAGUACAUGGAGUCUCCAGUGUUUACUGCACAGAUAAAACAAUUGAAGCAGCAGAAGCUCUUUUACAUAUGGACUCACCAUGCAGCUUACGGGGGGACCGCAGUCCGGAGGUAUUUGUCCCUCCAUGUGUGUCCACUCCGGAGUUCCUGCACGCCGCCAUGCGCCCUGAUGUUGUCACGGAGACAGUGGUGGAGGUAAGCACGGAGGAGGCGGAGCCUGUGGAGGUGGUGACAUUGAUCAAGGAACCAAGAGUGAUGGAGAGAGAUGGCAGGAAGAAGAAAACUGGGAGGAAGUCCAAUAAGCCUCAUCCUGUCUCCAAUGGCUCUCCUGAUUUAAGCAUCAAGAAGAAAUCAAGAGAUGGUAAAGGCAGUACGUACCUGUGGGAGUUCCUGUUGGACCUGCUACAGGAUAAGAACACCUGUCCCAGGUACAUCAAGUGGACUCAGCGGGAAAAAGGCAUCUUUAAGCUGGUGGACUCUAAAGCUGUGUCCAAGCUGUGGGGCAAACACAAGAACAAACCUGACAUGAACUACGAGACCAUGGGUCGUGCCCUCAGGUACUACUAUCAAAGGGGGAUCCUGUCCAAGGUUGAAGGUCAAAGGUUAGUGUACCAGUUUAAGGAAAUGCCUAAAGACAUUGUUGUCAUUGAUGAUGACAAGUGUGAGGCAGAUGAACUGGGCGGGGCUUAUGAGCACGUCAUAGCUGCUGGCCUCUCCAAAACCUCGGGUAUUCUGAGAGGGGCGGGGUCACUUAUAAGCCCCGCCUCUCCCAAAGCCAGGCCUUCACCCACCGUCACACCCAUUCAGCGCAUUGUGACCGUCUCCACGCCGACAGAUCCGCCCCAUGCCACAGUUACCACACCCAGGACUGUCCGAGUUGCUAUGCAAGUCCCUGUUGUCAUGACGACGCCCCUAGGUCAGAAGAUUUCAUCGGUUGCCAUGCCAACGGCAACCCCACCUUCCUCCAGUGUUACCACAGCAACCGGAGCCUCCACCUCAAAGGUUCUGAUCCAAACAGUUCCAACUGUGGAGAACAGUGAUAAGAUCACGUUACAGCUCGCCAAAAUCAUCACCAUCACACCUAUUACACUUGCCCUGCCCUCUGGCACAGACCCCACCCACUCACACACACACAGCUCUGUACCCACCAGUCAGCUUCCUGUGCACAUCCAUAUACAGUCUGACAGUCACAUGACACACACAGAACUUACUCAACAGGAAGUAGAGGCACACACACAGGAAAUCACUGCUCACAUGCACAGCUAAAGGUAGAGGCAGUCUGUUUCUGUCUCUCACGCACACACACACACACACACACACACCAGCCUAAUAGGAAGUGGAAAUGCAGGAAGUUAGUAGUACAAAGAUGUAGAGCUAAAAAAAGAGACUUUUUAAUGGGACAUGCACACACUGAUAGAGCGGUCCUGUAAAUACAGUGGGACUGUUCAAGGGACCAGCGUGAGGCCACAGUGAAGAGCACUACAGAGAGGAAGAACACUACAAAGGACAUGUAUGGACAUACUGACAGUGUGUGUGUGUGUGUGUGUGUGUGUGUGUGUGUGUGUAUACACUCACUUUUAUACCUGUACAGAGAGUCUUUUGGGGGAUUUGUGAUGCAAAACCAGCAAUUAAGUUUGGACUGUCACUGUGAUUGUCACAGGAUGAAGGGAAUGGACUGAUGGUGGGUGAGAAAAAGAAGGGAAUGAAGGAAAGAGAUGGAAAUGUGUGUGUGUGUGUGUGUGUGUGUGUGAGAGAGAGAGAGUUUGAGCGCUACUCUCAAAGCUCUUUAUUUUUUUUAUUAUUAUUAUUAUUAUUAGUAUUGUUUCUUUUCGUGUGUGUGUGUGUGUUUUACCAAUCACAGUAUUACAGACAGCUCUUCACACGAUGCUGUUUUAAACAAGCUGUUCACCAUCUUCUGUGCGUGCGUGUGUGCGUGCGUGCGCGCGCGCGUGUGCGUGUGUGCGUGCGUGUGUGCGUGUGUGUGCGUGCGCGUGUGUGCGUGUGUGUCCUGGCUCUGAGGGACAGCAGUAUGAUUAUAAUAAUGCUCUUUGUAUAUUGAACAUUAGAAUUGUACACUCUAUUUUGUUCUACUCCGUGUUCCAGUAGAUUUUACUGAAUUAUAAAUGACUGAACUCA